CACUGGGAGCAAAGGCUGAGUGGAGACUCGUUUAUUUUCUUCAACCCUUCGUGAAGUCAUGAAAACUUCAAAGUCAAAAGUUAUAGUUAUUGCCAGAUUACUUAGUACUCUCGGUGUUAUUUUUUCUCUGUUGACUUUCUGCACCAAUUGCUGGCUGCUUGCUACCGAGACUUGUACUCGGUCAAAAAAUAGCACAGAACUGGAUUUUGGACAGGAAGUUCAAAUUGCAGCAAAAGUGAAACCAACUCCAAUCCUCGGUCAAAUAAAUAAUCUGGCACAGAAUCAAAGUGAACGUGAAGAGCCACUGGAAAGACAUGUUCAAAAACGGAGUAUUGCUGAAACAAUGAAAAAAAUCAAACAUUUUCCUGGAUCAUACAGCUUACUCAACAAAGCAUCUGUCAAGACGUUUCACUAUGAGGGUUUCUUCUGGAGUUGUGCAUUGAAAGUACGACGUGCUGAAGACAGUUUUUCAACAUACGUGUUUUUUGAGCAAGCUCCUGCAAAAAGUUGUAUAGGAGCUUACCAUCUCCCAUUUCCAACAAGACUGAACCAUAACAGCUCUGCUUAUGACUCUGCUACUGGUUUCCGUCAUUCCUGGAGCGUGCUGAUAGUGUUGUCUGUACUCACUAUCGGAGUUGGAUUUGGGCUCAUUGUUUAUGAAGCUUUCCAAGGGCGUGACUCCCUGUACCUUCUAGGAGGAGGGUUUUAUGUUUUGGCUGGUAUUUUGUCCACAUUUUCCAUUAUUAUGUACACCUAUUGGAUUCAAGCUCUCGUUGCUGUGGUGGACCAGAUUGUCGAACCGAAUAAAUCAUGUCCACAUCCAAAGCUCAAAGUUCAAUUUGGUUGGUCUUUCAUGGCAGCUCCUGCAGGCAUAUUAUUUUCUUUAUUUGCAGGUUUACUCUUCUUUCAGGUUGGACGUGCUGCUCAAAAUAAAAAAACGAAAGUAGGGUAUUCUUUGCCACUUGAUAAAGUUGGCGAUGAGGAACUCUGAUUGUUUCAGUCACAUUUAAUAUUCUUAUGCUGUGAUUUCCCCUUCGCUCAAUUAUCUCCCCUUUUCUCCAGGGGUCAUGUUGGGUUAUCUGCAGUCCUCCUGUUAUUCACCAUAAUUGUCAUUCUUCACAUUUGAACCUAGAUAUAGGUUGCUAAUGGGCUAAAUUUUUUAUGACAUCCACACAAAUACAAUUUUGCACAAUGAAUACUGGACAGCAACCAGGUGCGGGAACCUUGAUUCUUUGCCACUGCAUAGAUCCAGAAGCACAAAGUUAAACCAUAAAGUUUUUAGUCGCCAGAUUAUGCAACAUUAACUGUACAUCUUAGUCAGCAUUUUCUUAUUGAGUCACAGGGGGUUAGCUUCCUGCUAGGUUUUAAUGCCUUAAAAUAUGAACGUAACAUUUAACAUACAGAAUAUAAUCAAUAUUUUGCUUUAUAAAUUUAAAUUAAUUGAAGAAAGAAAAUCAGGGCUUUGUGCUCUCCACUUUCCAAUAUGCACUCUCAGUAGACAAGGAUCUGAAGCAGGAAUACAAGAAUAGAAAAUCUACUCAGUAGUUUAUGUUGCUAAAAAGCUUUAAUACAAGUCUGUGAAAUCAGUCACUUUCAUAUCCAGUAUAACUCACAAUUGUGCACUGAAAGUAAAAACAAAUCUGUUCAAGAUUCUAAUAUAACCUUGAAGUGCUGCUGAUGGUCAUUAACUAGUAUUGGUUUGCUUUGAGAAUGUAAAGAUGAAUUCAGCAAUUUUGACAUCCCAAUGGAAAGCCCCAUUUGAAAGUAAUGCUGGUCAGAGAAUCUGCUCCGUAAUGUUGUAGCCCUAUCUUGAACCCACAUUUUGUUUUAGCAUGGAUUCCUGAUGAGAUGGUGGAUCAUUGAAUUUAUCACUGCAUGAUAAGUGGUUCUAAUAUUAGUAAGGAAUGCUAACUUGAUAUUUCUGAUGUGCAGUUUUUAACAUGUUAAUCCAUGUAUUUUGAAUGGUAUUUUAAAUGAAAGUUUAUUUAAAAUAGUGAUCAGGGAAAUUUCUUAAGAACAUAUGUCUACUGCUAAUGUUGUGCGCUGUUAUUUUAAUCCAAUAGUCCUUUAACUCUUGUGAGCCACAUAGUAUCUCAUAUGUUUUCCUCAUACCAAGAUGAAGUUAAUUAGGAUACUAUUUGGGAUUUGUCCUGAAUUCAGCUUCAAUUAAUAAGAUAAAAAUCUUGUAGAUGAAAUUGGCCUUGUCCAGCAUUGUGGAAUAGGCUCGUAGUGAAUUGGCAGCUGAUUUUUUACUGUACCUAAUCUACUUUCUACUCAAGUUCAUAGAUUGAUAGUUUUAACUCUUUUCUGGAGACCAAUUUUCUAGACUCACUGGUUGCUUUUAUUUGGUUUGAAAUUAAAAAUCUUGGCAAGAUUUUCCAAAUCAAUAGAAAAUAAAAACUGGCAUGGUGAAAAAUGAGCUGCCAAUUCAUUACCAGCCUCCACUGCUGGUGGAGGUCAAUUUGUCCUCUCUUAUAUUUCUGUAAAUGACUUUGACAAUCGCAGCCUCGGUCCUCGCCAAUAUAUGUCAUAGUAUGGUACAAAUUGGAAAUCUCACUCCGUGAACCUAUAGAGUGGUUUUGUGGAAAAUAGAAAUGCCAUAAUAAUAUUGUAAAAGAUGCUCUUCUGAGUGGUCUUCUAAGGUAUGUUGUAAAGACCAAUAAGAAAGAACUUUAUUCAUAUUUAACUGUGCUACAUCUAAUCUAGAGUACUUAAGUUUUUAUGCAAUAUCCAGAAUAAUAAAGCACAGCUGAAAUGA